CGGCAUUCGGUGCUCUAUUGUUGGCUGGCCGCUUGGCCGUUGGCACUCCUCCAUCUGGGGCGGCCAUGGCAGGGUUUGCAGGGCUAGUGCGGAAAGCUCAUGAAUAUGUAAAAACCAAGGAGUUCCGGGAUUACAUAACCAGCACCCACUUCUGGGGUCCGGUGGCCAACUGGGGCCUUCCACUGGCCGCCUUCAAGGAUAUGAAGGCGCCUCCUGACAUCAUCAGCGGCCGCAUGACGACGGCGCUCAUCUUCUACUCCAUGGCUUUCAUGCGCUUUGCCUACCGAGUCCAGCCUCGAAAUUACCUGCUGUUGGCAUGCCAUCUCACCAACGUGGUGGCUCAGACCAUUCAGGGUGGCCGUUACGUGAAUCACUACUUCUUUGGUGGGGCCAAGGCCAGCAAACCUUUGGCCAAACAAGCUUGAUGACUGGGGGAUGGGAGGAGUAGCCUAACCCAGACUGUUGAGCACUGGACUCUAUUCCUCCUAAAGAAAAUACCAAGGAAAACGUUGGUUCGGACUCUAAAACAGUGCAACCCCAAUUGAAACCUGAAGUUUGAUUAAUUAAUUAAAAAAAAAUAAAAAAAAACUUUUGUAAGUUCUAAGGGAGUAAAUGAGUGACUUACUAUAGGGAAUCUUGAAAUAAGUAGAACAAGACAUAUUUCUUGCCUUAUCUCCAGGCAGAAGAAGCGGGUAGUUUGAUCUAAACUUCAGUGUGAUGGUAGAGUUUGGUGUAUCCCAUUCAAGACAAGACUGACAGGCCUGAAGCAUCUCCCAUUGGAGAAAGUGUCAGUAUUCUUUAUCUCAUGCUUGGCAAUGUUUUCCAGGCAAAGUGAAUAUUACCAUAGUGGCUACGUCCAAACAAAGCAGGGGCUGCCCAAACGAUGCCAGUAAGCAGCAAGAUGUCAACUGGAAAGACACCGUGGUCAAAAGCUUACU